UUUAAUUUCGCUUUACGUAAGGGCGCACAUAUGCAUGGUUCAUCCAAUUAUCCGACCCAACAUGACUUCCUCCAGAGUCCACCCUGAAGACCCUCCUCGAACAUUUAAUUGGUUUGUCGUAAAUAGGUUUUCAUUCAACCCCUUCACUCGAGGGUUCCAGCACCAGCCAUCAUACGGUGCAUCUUUCCUCCGAGGUGGUGAACUGGUGGUUUCACACUGAAUGCUAUCCAUGCCAAAGACUGCGAGCAGAGGAAUAGUGUUACAGGGUGAUCAGGACCAAAUAGAUAUCGAGCUGUCAAAAUGAUACGGAUUGACAUCGGCGGCUAUCUGGAUCGCGAUAGCACAUAGGAGAGAAAGCAGCUGGCUCCACCACUGCAGUUGGACACUUUCUGCGAAGGCGUAGUUAAGAGCUAGUCCGCUAGCCGAGGAGGACUCUCGCCUUCCCCAUCCAAUCCCGCAAUAUUAUACUUAAUCACAUUACACAGACAAGUGGAUACGGGACAUUUGGCGUGUUUUGAUCCCGUUGUUACGCUGUAGCUAUUCGGUAAGGGUACCGGGAGCCCGGCUGGUGUCGGUCGGAGAGGCUGUCGUUUAAAACACUGCAGAUAUCCGACAGAUUCGCCCCGUUUUUUAUGUCACGGCGCUGCAGUUUGUACCCAUUUUUAUAGACAGAUUUGGACCUUUUUUCAAUUGAUUGGGCCGAAAGGGGGAGAUACGACAGAAAGAAGCGACCAGGAGCACAAGCCCCCCGGCCCCCACCCCCCCAUAACAUCUGCAGUGACCCGACGUUGGCUGUCUGAAGCGAACGGGACGGAGCAUCUUGAGGAAGAGGGCCCCGCCGACGACUCUCCACUCCCUCCCCCGUCCGAGGCUCUCCCGUGAUUUACCAAGCGAACACCCGGGCCAAGGCGCACCCGCUCCCGGCCGGGGGGAACAACCUGACGGCGAGGCCCGACGCUCCCCUCCCCCAACCCGGACGGCGGAACACCUCAUCGCCUCGGGACCGCAGCGAGGGCUUUCUGAGACCUUGGUGGCGGAUAUUGGAGCGUGGUGCUGGGGGUACCGUUUGGUCCUGUCUGUACCGGGCCAACCAGAGGGAUGACCCUGGAGUCCAUGAUGGCGUGCUGCCUGAGCGAGGAGGCGAAGGAGUCGAAACGAAUCAAUGCCGAGAUUGACAAGCAGCUCCGCCGAGACAAGCGCGACUCGAGGAGGGAGCUGAAGUUACUCCUACUCGGUACUGGCGAGAGCGGGAAGAGCACCUUCAUCAAGCAGAUGCGCAUCAUCCACGGGGCGGGAUACACGGACGAGGACAAGCGGGGCUUCAUCCGGCUGGUCUACCAGAACAUCUUCACGUCCAUGCAGUCCAUGAUCCGCGCCACCGAGACCCUGAAGAUCCCCUACAAAUACGAGCAGAACCGGUCCAACGCCGGGCUGGUGAAGGAGGUGGACAUCGAGAAGAUCAACGGCUUCGACCAGCCCUACGUCGUGGCCAUCAAGACCCUGUGGGCCGACCCCGGCAUCCUGGAGGCCUACGACCGCCGCCGGGAGUACCAGCUCUCCGACUCCACCAAAUACUAUCUCACCGAUCUGGACCGCAUCGCGGACCCCAGCUACCUUCCCACCCAGCAGGAUGUGCUCAGGGUGCGCAUCCCCACCACAGGGAUCAUCGAGUACCCCUUCGACCUGCAGAGCAUCAUCUUCAGGAUGGUGGACGUGGGGGGUCAGAGGUCAGAGAGGAGGAAGUGGAUCCACUGUUUCGAGAACGUCACCUCCAUCAUGUUCCUGGUGGCGCUGAGCGAGUACGACCAGGUGCUGGUGGAGUCGGACAACGAGAACCGUAUGGAGGAGAGCAAGGCGCUGUUCAGGACCAUCAUCACCUACCCCUGGUUCCAGAACUCCUCUGUCAUCCUGUUCCUCAACAAGAAGGACCUUCUAGAAGAGAAGAUCGCCUACUCUCACCUGGUGGACUACUUCCCAGAGUUUGACGGCCCCCAGCGGGACGCGCAGGCGGCCCGCGAGUUCAUCCUGAAGAUGUUCGUGGACCUGAACCCCGACAGCGACAAGAUCAUCUACUCCCACUUCACCUGCGCCACGGACACGGAGAACAUCCGCUUCGUGUUCGCCGCCGUGAAGGACACCAUCCUGCAGCUCAACCUGAAGGAGUACAACCUGGUCUGACCGGGGCCCCCACCUCCCAAGGGCCCCUCCCCCGCGCCCCUCCUCCUCCUCCUCCUAGACCCCCCCUCCCCCAUCCACCCCUUUGCACAAAGGCACACUUCUCGUGCGGUUUGACUCCCACAUGCAUCGACUGACACUACUACUACUACUACUACUAUACUACUACUACUACUACUACUACUACUACACCCACGUACACACCCACUCACACACGCAUAUGCCAACAGAAUGUGUUGGCCCUUUGUGGCGUGGCAGUGGGGUCACGACCCCUAGGACGCAGCCCCCCCCAUAACCCCCCCUCCUCCCACCCGGUCCAACCGACCCCCUGCUUUAGUUUGGCCAAAGCUCGUCCGCUCCACCUUUUCUUGGCAGCUUGUUGCGUCGGAGUCCCCCCCCCCCCCUCCCCCCCACCUUCAUCCAAGCAGCAAGCACGGUGCAGUGACUAUGGCAGGGGUUUUGGUGUGUGUGUGUGUGUGCGUGUGUGUGUCUGUGCGCGUUUGCGUGUGUGAGCGUAUCAAGUCGUGAUUUCGCGUGAGCGGCGCAGACUUUUUUGAGGAGCUGUGUUUUUUUUGUUAUUAGUGGGGGGGGUUUCGACAGUUUGGGCCUUGAGCCGCGAAGAGGUGCACCCCCCCAAAGGUCCAGACCAUCACACCGGUCCCGGGUUCGGAACCUGGCCGGACCCCCACCACGGGGGGAACACCAAUGACAGUACAUACAUACGGCAGAGAGAUGCACCUAGCAAACACCCACAGCGAGGAGCGCAGGGGAGGGGGGCGGCACUUCUUUGGACAGGAUAUGGUGCUGCACACAGGAAGUGAGGGGGCGGGGCUUAGAUUCCCUCUCCACUUUGCAUCGAUGAAUGUACAAUCCCGUGUGUGAUUCACAAUCGAAAAAAUAAUAAUUAGAGAUAUAUAUAUACUAUUAAAUAUUAAAUAUUGCAUAUGUAAACAUUCUAGGAUUUAAAAAGAAGCACGAGAGAAAAAGUAAAUUGAGAACUGUUUCAUUGCCGAAAUUGUUUUUUGUUUUUUAAUGAUAGUUUGGUAAGUCUACUUCUAUUUAACAGAAUAAAUGCUUAUUUGAAGGUUUGUAAGAAUAACGGGGAAGAAAGUGUUAGAAAACUGUUUAAAAAUGUGUAAAACAAAAAUCUCAAAAACAAGUGAACCCAGAAAUGUACUUGAUCUAAGUAUCCUUUUUAAAAUGGAUGUGUUAAUUUUUUUUCAUGGUUUAGCGAAUCACAUGACUUCCCUCCCCUCCUCGGUUUUCUGUAUCGAUUCAGAGACGGUCUGUAUCCUACCAUGCGACCGUCACGCUAGUUGGCUAUUGGUUCAGCACCAUUCUUCACCGUCCAAUCAGAUCAACACCUUGACACUGGGAUCCAUUAUAUCAACAGGACUUUCUGUUUACUUUGUGUUUGUUGGUUUUUUUUACUGUAUAGUCACUUUGUUUAUAGAACGACUGCUUGGGGUGGCGUGGUAAGUUUAGGGCAGUUAUAGCCCGUGUUUUGACACAUACUCAGAAGUCGGCAAACAUUCUCUUGCGUGUAUAUUUCUGUUUGUAAAUACGUAUACACAGAAACACUCCUGUAUAAAUAGAAAAAAGGCUUGAGGUACACCCAUCUUUGGCAACAGAAAAAGGACAACAAAAAUACUUUUUUCUUUUAUUUUUUUGUUAAUCAGCGUACUUAAAAAAAAAAACUAUUUGAUCUUUGGUAGUAUUUGAUACUGUGAUUGUUUUUGUUAAUUUCUCUCACGUGAUUAUAGGCUUACUCACAGCGUCGUGCCAAGUUGUGUUUUUAAAUACCCAAACACUAGAGCAGGAAGCAGAAGUCUGAAGGUUUCCCAACCAUGCUAGAGGUGGUCUAGAAGGAGUGGAACAGAGUUGUACCCUACCGCUAACGGCUCCGCUACACUAAACACCGCCCUCAGCGGGAAAGAUGCUUCUCAAAAUGGUGACGAUAUGAUUUUUUUACUUGCUUAGGUCAAGUUUAAUAUUUCUUUUUAUUUAUCUAAUUUAUGGACCAUGUUUUUGACGGUGUUAAUAAUUGGACUGAUCUUGAAGUUCACCUAUAACAUGAUGGAGCCUACUUGAGUCUAAACUGCUGUAAAAAUGACAAACAAAAAGAAAAUCUGGUGUAGGAUGAACUUUUAUUUCUGCUUUCUAUUAAGACUUUACCUUUUUUGUUUUUGUCGUUUCCUUCUCGCCGGCCAUCUCCAUCCAUGAGGAACCUGUAUAGUUUCUAUAGCCGUACUCACCGUCAUCCAUUUUGUUAAAAAAAGACAGUAAACGUGUAUUCUCUCUUGGUUUAUAGAUACGCUGUAUGCAUACAUAGAAAAAUGUACAGUAUGAAAGUAGGUGGACUUUUUAUUCAGUGGUGACGACCCACGUGGUCAAUGCUUGCUAUUUUGGAAUUUAACACACAAAUGUUUCCGUUGUUGGUUUUGCAUUGUUAAUUUUAAACCGUUUUUUGACGCUUGCUUUGAUGGUGACAGUGAUGUGCGGAACUACCUUUUCUUUUGGGGGGGGGGGGGGGGGGGCUUUUGACCUUUUUGUACAAGCGAUUUUAUCCUUCAUUCUCAUUAAGGGCUAUCACAGUGCAUCAGGCAUACAGGGAGGAGGAGCUCAGUGAAGCCAGCUCCACGUGCCUCCACUACUGCUAAGUCAAUACAUGGAGAUGACCACCUUGUUGGAAGGAAUGUAGGAGGGGGGGGGGGGGGGGGGUGGGGUGGUGCUUACAGACACAAGGCUGUGUACAGAUAGGAUCACCACUAGGUAUGGUUUCAAAUAUAUAUAUAUAUUUGGUUUUUUUGGCUAAUUUGUGACUCAAUCAACCUCCCUCGGUCGCUUCCUAAAAUCCCCCUCUCCGCUUCAUUCACUCUACUCCCUGUUGACCUGGAGGUCCCACUUCAGGCAACGUCCACACACUAAUGCCACAAAAAUAACAAAGUAUUGAUCUCUAAUCGUGUUUGAGCCACGUCCUGCGAGCCUGGUUGGAUGAAAGCCUGGCCUACGGCAGCACACGGCUCAUUAUGCUAGUAUUAACACAAACUACAAAUUGUACGGAUAGUCCCGAGUAAUUCCGUCGUUUUACAGUAGUGUCAAGAUUUACCAAGUGAGGUCCUACAGUAAUACACGUACCGGGUUGGGCGUGGUCUGAGGAUGACCGAGUGGUGUUGGAGCGUCCUCUGGUGCACGUGUCUUUAUAACACAUCUCUUCUCUCGGGUAGAAGUCUGGAAAGAGGCUAAGGCAGUAUUGUGGUUCUCCCUCUUUUGGUUCAUCAGUGGUCUCCCCCCCCCCUCCCGUCCUUUGAGCACUGGCCAGAGAAUGGACUGAUGGGUCCAGUUUGUGUAUUUAGUUUUUCCUUCACUGCAGAACAAUCUCUUUCGUUGCCUUUCAGAGGGUUAUAGACGGCUGACGGUCCUUUCCUGGAAGCAGGGGGACCGUCAGCCAUCAUGGUCGACCGGUACUCUGGUCGGGACCAUGGACGCACUCCACUCCGCUUUUGGAAAAGAACUAGUGCAUGCAGAGAAGUGGAGUGCUUAUUAACAAGUAAACUUUCACCACCACCCUGUUCACCCCGUUCUUCUCUCUCCUAUGACAACAUGACCAGAACACUACUGUUUGUAGGACCACUCCAUUGUUAUUAUUUUUUGUUUCUUUAUUUUGAACGACUAAUGAAACCCAAUGGUCAUGUGUCACGGUGUAUGAUUUUUCUAUUUUUUAUUUUCUUCUUUAUUUUGUAUGUAAUUCAAAUGUAAAUGAUGUAUUAUAAUGAGUGUGCCAACCCCACUCUCUUUCUCUCUCUCUCCAGAGCCAGGCUCUCUCCAAGUGCCAACGCUGUGGUCAUUAUCAAAGGGCCCUCAUCUUAGACGGUCCCCCUUUAAAACACACACACACACACACACACACACACACACACACACACACACACACACACACACACACACACACACACACACACACACACACACACACCACAAGAGACUAAAGGAAAGAUUGAUUAAGUACACACAAAAUACUUUAUUCUGUAUUUAAGAUUGGUGAUUUAAACGAUAAUCUGCUGUUUUUUUAAGAAACUGUAAUUAUAAUUGCAUGUACUGUUUGUUUUGUGUUGGAAGUGAGGGCUUGGAUGUAUUCAUUAAUUCAGGGCCCUCAGAAAAAAAGGGUUGAAUCAGUUGGUUAUCAAUUAUUGAUUUACAUUACUCUUGCCAUAUUUCUUUGGUUGAUUUUUUUUUUUUUAUGUUUCAUGUAUUUGUUUCAACCACUGUUGCCUGAUCCUCAUAGAAACAUUGAACAUGACUUAAGAUCAUUGCCGCCUUCAAAGAGAGACAUAACGAAACGGUAUCUGUUUUAAAUUUAAAUAAAUUUGUUCCUAUACUUGC